GUGUGCGCAUGCGCAGUCGCGCCGCACUCUAAUGGAGGACAUGUAUGAUCGGUAAUCGUCUUUUUCUGCGCCGUUUGUCUGAGUUGCGCCCUCAACACCCGUCAGCUGAGCCCGCGACACCCUCCAAGUGGCAGAAUGGCUUCGGACUCGGUCUCUCAAAGCUCCCAGAGUCCUGCCACCAGGAUCAUGACCUUUCAUCCCACAAGAGAGGAGUUCAAAGACUUCAACAGAUACAUUGCGUAUAUGGAGUCGCAGGGGGCUCACAGGGCCGGGAUGGCUAAGGUGGUGCCACCCAAGGACUGGAAGCCCCGGCGCACAUAUGAUGACAUUGAUGAUCUGGUGAUUCCCGCACCGAUUCAACAGGUGGUCACUGGCCAAUCAGGUCUCUUCACUCAGUACAACAUCCAGAAGAAGCCGAUGACCGUCCGCGAGUUCCGCAAAACUGCCAACACAGACAAGUUCCGUAAUCCCAGAUAUGCUGAUUUUGAUGAACUAGAGAGGAAAUUUUGGAAGAAUUUAACAUUCAAUCCACCACUAUAUGGGGCAGAUGUCAGUGGAACCCUCUACGAGCCAGAUGUGACGGAGUGGAAUAUUGGUCGUCUGAACACUAUUUUGGACUUGGUGGAGAGAGAGAGUGGAAUCACAAUCAAAGGAGUCAACACUUCAUAUCUUUAUUUCGGGAUGUGGAAGAGCACGUUCGCCUGGCACACAGAGGACAUGGAUCUCUAUAGCAUCAACUACCUUCACUUUGGAGAGCCCAAGUCCUGGUACAUUGUGCCUCCAGAACAUGGGAAACGAUUAGAACGUCUUGCUAAAGGAUUUUUUCCUGGAAGUGCUCAAAGUUGUGAAGCCUUCCUGCGACACAAAAUGACUUUAAUUUCACCGUCAAUUCUGAGGAAGUAUGGAAUACCCUUUGAGAAGGUCACACAGGAAGCAGGCCAGUUCAUUGUGUCCUUCCCAUAUGGAUAUCACGCUGGGUUUAACCAUGGCUUCAACUGUGCAGAAUCCACCAACUUCGCCACCCAGCGCUGGAUCGAUUAUGGAAAGCUGGCAACAUUAUGUUCCUGCCGGAAGGACAUGGUAAAGAUAUCAAUGGAUGUGUUUGUUCGCAAGUUCCAGCCAGAACGCUAUAAACUUUGGAAAGCAGGAAAGGACAGUGUGCCCAUCGACCACUCAAAGCCCACGCCAGAGGCAGCAGAGUUCCUGACAGAUGGAAAGACCGAGAAUGAGACAGGAGAGCUCAGCGAUAGCUGCAAAGCAGAAACACAGGAGAAGCCAGGAGAAGCAGAGGCUGGAGAGGAGCAGAAAGCAAACACGGAUGGUGGAGAGGACGACAAGACUGAAACGUUGAAGAGUGAAACAGAUGGUGCAAAGGAGAAAGCAGAAGCAGAGAAAGGAGGUCUGGAGGUAGAGGAGAAGAAGCCUGUUAUUGAUGAAGAACCGAGCGGCACUUCAGAGCAGAUCAACAGUAGUAGUCCAAAGCAGAAUGUGGGGCAGAAGCGGCUCAGACCCAGCCCUGACAAUGGAGCAAAAGAAAACGACAAUCAAGUGAAGGUAGAAGAAGAGGAAGUUGAGAAGAAGAAAGCCAAACUCAGCCAGACUGAGACAGACGACAAUAAUGAACAAUCCAUCUCCACUGAACCAGGUGAUGUGCAAGCUGAAGAGAUGAUGGGGACAGACAUGCCCCCACCACAAAAGCAAGAGAAUCAAGCCCCUUUCUGCAUGAAGGUGGCGCUCUCGCCAUCAAACCCCACCUCCAGCAGUGAUGUCACAAUGCAGCAAAGAGACAUCGUCACUCCCUCUGAACCCAGCGACGUCACCUCAUCCUCACAAUCCACAAACAGCAUCGUUGAUGAUGAGGAUCCGAGCAGUAAUGUUACCUCUCAGUCCGAGCACGUCACUCAAAGCUGUGAUGUCCAAUGCAAGCCCGAUGACAUCAAUCAAAACGGUGACCUCACUGAUGCCCAGCAGAGUGAAGUCACGUCCCAUUCGUGUUCCAGUGACAUCCCUGCCACUGACAUCACACCUCUCAUAUCUGUAACCAGCAGUAUCUCCUCUCUACAUGGCAUUAACUCCGCCCACACCUGGGAUGUCUCCGCAGAACCCAGCGACAGCACUAUAAAUACCAUCAUCCCUAGACCAUGUGAGCCAGGCAAUAACUCCUCCCACACCUAUGAUGGCCAACCAGAACCCAGCGACAUCACAUUCAGCCCUAAACACGAACCCGGCAUUAACUCCGUCCGCACCUGUGAUGCCCAACCAAAACUCAGCAACAUCACCCUCAGCCCUAAACACGAACCCAAUGUUAACUCCGCCCACAGCUGUGAUGUCACCACAGAACCCAGUGACAUCAGGGUCAGCCCUGAACACGAACCCAGCAUUAGCUCCACCCACAGCUGUGAUGUCCAACCAGAACCCAGCGACAACACUAUCAGCGCUGAUCACGAACCCAGCAUAAGCUCCGCCCACAGCUGUGAUGUCCAACCAGAACCCACUGACAUUACCGUCAGCGCUGAACACAAACCCAGCAUUAGCUCCGCCCACAUGUAUGAUGUCAUCACUGAACCCAGCAGCAGCGCCAUCAACCUUAAGCUAGGCGAGUCGCAGUGUAGCGCUGCGUCAGUGGGCGGCAGUCAGGUGUGUCCGCCUGCAGUCCAGCACAUCUUCCAGAGAACACUGAGCCCCGCAGAGGUGCUGCACGUCCAUAGCUACGCUAAAGGAGAUUACAGCAAUUUCGAGCCACGCAUUCGGCAUGAGAGAGACCGAGACAGCGACUCUGAUAGCGACUCUCAAGAGGACAGCAAGAAAGAAGCUGAACAUCCAGUGGAAGCUCAGCACAGACUUCCCAGACUCCCCAGGCACCAUCCUCUGAUGAAGGACAGCAUCAGUGACGAAGAGCUGCAGGAUCAGGCUGCGUCAGAGGAGGACGGGCUGGAUGGGGAGGCCUGGGCGCGACCUUUGGCCCAGCUGUGGCAGAACAGAAUGUAUAAUCCAGAAAGAGAGAGAGAGUACAACAGAGAGAUGGGUCUGCGGCCUCCGUACUGUGCUGUGUGUGCGCUCUUCCAGGCACAUCAGCGGUCUGAAGGGGGCGAGAGCGAGCCAACCGUGGUGCUCCCCGGCGGUCAGAUGAGGACCAAGCCUCUGAUUCCAGAGAGAUGUUUCACCACCACCACCGAGGACAGUGCAGACGUCCAGCCGUCCACACCUCUCCUGGAGGAGGACGGCACCAGUCUGCUCGUCAGCUGCUCCCUGUGCAGUGUCCGUGUGCACACUAGUUGUUACGGUGUGGCUCCAGUAAGAGUCUCCAAAGACUGGAAAUGUGCCCGCUGUAAAGCCAACGCUCUCACUGAGAGUUGCUGUCUAUGUUCGUUGAGAGGUGGAGCAUUGCACAGAGCCAAUAAUGGCAAAUGGGUUCACGUCCUGUGUGCGGUGGCAGUGCAGGAGGCUCGUUUUGUGAACAUCACUGAACGAUCGCCCGUGGAUCUCAGCGGCAUUCCCUUACAGAGAUUCAAGCUGAAAUGCUACUACUGCAAACGGCGGAUGAAGAAAACAUUGGGCUGUUGUGUGCAGUGUUCUCACGGUCGCUGCCCCACCUCAUAUCACCCGACCUGCGCACAGGCCGCCGGCGUCAUCAUGCACCCGGACGAUUGGCCCUUCGUCGUCUAUGUCACCUGUUGCCGCCACAAAGGGCCGGUGCAAUCAGAGCGUAAUAAAGCAGCCAUGAGAGAGCUCAGCGGGGGUCAGAAGGUCAUCUGCAAGCACAAAAAUGGACGCUACUACCAGUGUGAAGUCAUACAGCUGACAAAAGAGACAUUUUAUGAGGUCAACUUUGAUGAUGGCUCCUUCAGUGAUAACCUUUUCCCAGAAGACAUUGUGAACCGAGACUGCGCUCAGCUGGGUCCUCCACCGCAGGGGGAAGUGGUUCAGGUCAGGUGGACAGACGGUCUUGUCUAUGGAGCCAAAUUCGUGGCAGCUCAUGUCAUUCAGAUGUACCAGGUGGAGUUCGAGGACGGAUCGCAGCUGACUGCUAAGAGAGAUGACGUCUACACCCUAGACGAAGAGCUGCCCAAGAGAGUCAAAUCUCGUCUGUCUAAGGCAUCGGACAUGCGUUUUGAUGGCAUGUUUGGAGAGAAAAAGGUCCAGGAGAGCAAGAGACAGAGAGUGAUCAACUCCAGGUACAGAGGCGACUACAUCGAACCCGUCAUCUACCGAGCCAUCAUGGAGUAGCUAGCGAUGACCCAGCCUUCACCCAAAUCCACCAGCACUCAUCCAGCGUCUCCAGUACACCCUGCCAAUGUCAGUAGCGUUCAGUUCACAGGGGUCGGACACAUGGAUGGGUUUGAUCGCUCCUCGGUGGACUAUUACUAGCCCUCAGUCGACCAUCUAUUCUGAUAUAUGGGUCUAGAGUCGAGGCAGGGUGUUUCACAGUGUCUUCCUCAGAGAAUGCAGCAUUGUCAUUGGGUGUCAAGCCCUUUUAACCUCAGCGCUGUGAAACUAUGCCACAAACGCUCUAGAAACACAUCAGCAUGAACAUCAGGUUCAUGGAGUCGCUCCAAAUUACAUUAGUUUGAUACAGCAUAUUUGUAAUCUCCUAA